CACCAUAUCCACGUGUCAGAUAGAUAGAGAAGGAGAGUGAAAGAGCAGGAAGAGAAAGCUGCGUGUGUGUGUAUGUGUGUGUGUCGGUGUCGGUGUGUGUGCAGCCAUGGACCUGCGCUCGGAGCUGCUCAAGUCCAUCUGGUUCGCUUUCACGGCGCUGGACGUGGAGAAGAGCGGCAAAGUGUCCAAGUCCCAACUGAAGGUUCUGUCUCAUAAUCUGUGUACGGUGUUGUGUAUCCCUCACGACCCGGCCGCUCUGGAGGAACAUUUCCGUGAUGAUGAUGAUGGACCGGUCUCUAGUCAGGGCUACAUGCCGUACCUCAACAAGUACAUACUCGAUAAGGUGGAGGAGGGCAAGUUUGUGAAGGAGGACGUGGACGAGCUCUGCUGGACUCUCACAGCCAAGAAGAACUACAGGCCGACGGGGGACAGCAUCCUGCCUCAGAAAGACGCCUUCCGGCUCUGGUGUCUCUUCAUCUUCCUCUCGGAGGACAGAUAUCCGCUAGUGAUGAUCCCUGAUGAGGUGGAGUACCUGCUGAAGAAGCUGUGCAUGGCCAUGAGUGUGGAGCUGAACUGUGUGGAGCUGGAGGACUUUAUUUCCCAGGAUUCCAUUCAGCAGAACGGUUUCAGUGUAUGGGCGUUCCUGGAGAUGAUGAAUUCCGGGAAGCUCACUAAAGGACUUACCAAGGAAACGAUCAGCAUGGCCAUUGAGGAAGUGUAUCGAGAGAUAGUGGGGGAUGUGCUGAAAGAGGGCUACCUGUGGAAGAAGGGUCAGUUGAGGAGGAACUGGACGGAGCGCUGGUUCACCCUCAAGCCAAGCUCUCUGGACUACUACGUCAGCGAAGACCGCAAAGAGCGCAAAGGCAGCAUCACACUGGACACCAACUGCUGCGUAGAGGUUCUACCAGACAGAGAUGGGAAGAGGUGUAUGUUCUGCCUGAAGACGAUCUCCAAGACAUUCGAGCUCAGCGCCUCAGACACCAAACAGCGUCAGGAGUGGACGACAGCGAUCCAGACGGCGAUCCGGCUACACGCGGAGGGGAAGUGCUCCCUGCAUAAGGAGCUGAAGCUGAAGCGGCGGGAGCAGCGUGACCGCAGGGAGAGGAGGCGGGAGGAGAAGGAGCAGGAGCUGCAGCACCUCCAUCUGCUGCAGGAGGAACGCGAGCGCAAGAACGCUGAGCUGGAGCUGCUGAAGGAGGCGCAGAGGCAGGCGCAACUACUGCUAGAACAAGAGGAACAGCGGAGACGCGAGCAGCAUGAACAGCUCCAACAAGCACUGGAGCUCCAGCUGAGGGAGGCGCAGGAGGCACGUGUGUUUAUGCAGGCUGAGAUGGCUCUGAAGGAGGAGGAGGCGGAACGUCAGAGGAGGAGGAUCCGAGAGCUGGAGGAGCUGCAGCAGAGAUUAGAGGAGGCACUGAGACAGGAGAUCAAAGCAAGACAGGACGAGGAGCAGCACCGAUCCAAACAAGCCAGGUUGCUGGAGGAGGAGGAGGAUAAGAUGAAGGCCCUGAUGACUCUGCAGGAGGAGCAAGAGGAGUUCAUUCAGAGGGAGCAGAAGGAGAAAGAGGAGCUGAAACAGGAGAUGGAGAACAAAACGCGAGCGCUGGAGGAGGCGCAGAAACAGCUGGAUGAGAUCAGAGCUAACAGACACAGAGUGGAGCAGGACGUGGUGGCUGCUCAGAGGAAGCUCCGGCAGGCGAGCACUAAUGUCAAACACUGGAACGUUCAGAUGAACAGACUGAUGCACCCUAUUGGACCCGGAGAGAAGCGGCCAUCGACAGGAGGCUACGGCAGUUUCCGCAUCCCGCCGCAGAAGGAUCCGGCGCUGCGGCUCAGACGGACGAGCAGCGAACAGGAUGAGGAGAGCAAAGAGAACGCUGCGGAGAACCGACUCUCAAAGGCCUCCAACGGAACCAUGGACACACACUGAGGGGCGUGGCCAACCCAAUCCACACCUCGGUUUCAGUUUCCACUGGCAGGGUGCUUGACUAAAGUGACAAACGAUUGCAGAUAUCCAUACGAGAGAGAGAGAGAGAGAGAGUGCGUGCUACUGAAGCCAUAACUUCAGCAGCGUAAAUCUCACGAAACCCCACGGACUCUCAGUGACUUACCUCAAUACUUAACGCUUUCUUUAAGAUGCUUUACAGGAUCAAAGCAAAGCAUACGGCUACUAAUGCAGCUAAUCCAGAAUUUAACACAGCUCCUGUGUUUACACACUUAUUGUGGAAAAUAUUAACUAUACACACAAGUUUUCGUUCCGUAUUUUUGCUUGUAGAUGUAUGCGUGAUGUACGUUAUGUACACAGAUGUGUGAUGAUUACACUCGGUUUAGCGAGACUUAGCUUUUCUCAGAGGAACUGAGAACUAAAGGCCUCGGCAUACUUCAUGCGGAGACGACGUUCGGCUAGUUUUCACGAGUGUGGAGCAAACGGACAUCAUUUCGAGAUUUAAACAAAAAACAAAAAGUGCGGAAAAAGUGAGUCUCCUUGUCAAUGUAUCACUUAUUGUAUCACUAGAAUGCUAAAUUCACCAUCUUCACCGUCCCUCAGUUUAUUUAAUGGUCUCUUUUUGUAAAUAUGGAACAAAAUAAGCACCUCUUCCUCUCCCUCAUGCUCUUAUCAUGUGUUUAUGUACUCCCAUCAGCGAGCAAUCAUCUUCCUGUAGUCGUGGAGAUUUUAACAGUGCCACCUGCUGUACUGGAUGACGGCAAAUUCGAUAACUAAGCUCAAGAGGGUGGUUUGGUCUUCAUAUCAACCUCACAGACGUCAUUAAGUAUGCUGAGGCCUUCAGUGUGCUUGUAAACGUAGCUAACGUUUAUUCUGUAUUCCACAUUAUAUUUUUUAUUGUUUCAUCUGCAUGUAAAGGCUAAGUGUACAAUAAAUCAUCAUGACACACAA